AUGGUUGCUACACGUGAUAUCACUGCUGGCCAGGAAAUCUUUAACACUUACGGCCAGCUGGCCAAUUGGCAACUACUACAAAUGUAUGGCUUUGUAGAAUUUGAACCACACAACUUGUAUGAUACUGUUGAUAUUCCUAUUAAGGAUGUCUUUAAACUAGCACAACAUGAUUGCGGUGAACUGGAAGCAAAAAUCAAAUGGUUGGAGCAAUGUGGCUUAGGCAAUGACAGCAAAUUGACCAUAGGCUGGAAAGGAGUUUUAACGAUAUCCGAAUUUAAAUUAAUAUUUAAAGUCCUUUUUAUGAAGAAGGAAGAGUUUAUGGAGUUUAAAGAUAAGGAUGAAGAUUGGGAGUCUGACUCUUCGGAUGAAGAAUCAGAAGAAGAUGAGAUGCAGGUUGCCACAUUUGCAUCCAUUUCUAUUCGGUUAAACAAAGAUCAGAAGCAGUUACUUGCAAAUGUGAUACAAAGCUGCCUUAAAAAAUACACAACAAAAUCUUUUGUUUGUGAUUUUAGUGACAAUCUAAACAAAUCCCGUGCUGAAAAAAGCUACCAAUUAAUAACUGCCCAGUGCUCAAUUCUCAAGCUGCUAUUAAAAAGCAUACAAUAA